UUGCAAAGUACAUUACUUAUUUUUGUACAACAUUUAUAUAACUACAAACUUGAACUAAACCUAAAUCAAAACUUACUAUUACAAUAGUAGAAAAAAUAAGAAAACUUGAUAAUUUGUGUAAACUUUCUACCUCCUGAUACUUCAGAGUUUAGCGAUGGCCGCUCCGAAGCCCAACCAAUUGAUGAGCUGCCCUUACAACAAGGCGCACCAGGUGGAACACUACCGGAUGCACAUCCACCUGCAGAAGUGCCGAAAGCAGUAUCCCAACUGCGACAAGGCGCUCUGCCCCUUCGACGCCACUCAUGUCGUCAACGAUGUCGAACUUGACUUUCAUGUGUCCAAUUGUCCGAAACGUGAAAUGUUUGACAGCCAAAUGUAUGUAGUCGACAGCGACUUCAGGCCCGUAGUGCCCGUGCAAGCCGCUAAGGAGGUGGAGUGUGAGGAAGACUGGGAUGAUGAGUGUGUGGCAUCAAGCUACAAGCCUGACCUGGCCAAGAAGGCUUCUCACAUAAUUAUUAAGCCGAGAGGCGCCACACCGUCAGAGCGCAGAAAAUUGAGAAUGGAAAACAUCAAAACUUACCGUCCUCAGAAUGAUGAUGACAAAUAGUAGGUAUUACUAUUUAUCAUUGUACACUGACGGAUAUGCAUAUUGCAUAGUAUGACCAAUUAUUUUUCUAUAGCACAGAAGAUGAUAAAAUAUAUGUAAAUGUCAAUUUGUCUAAUUAUCUGUAAAAAAUCUAUUCUUGU